GUUUUUGGCGAAGAUAUAAAAGAGAGCGCGAUAUUUAUUCAAAUUACAUAAUUUGCCAUCCAGUUACACAUCCAACAUGUACGGAAAGCUGGUGAUUUUUCUUUGCGCUGCAGCCCUAGUCUCGGCCGGGUACUCAGGCCCACCAAAUUACGGCUACGAUCCAGCAGUGUCAUCGGAGUCACAAAAGUCACAAGGAACUUUUGGACCAGUUGCCUCAAACUCUGGCCUCAAGGUCUACAAUGGGCCCACAGUAUCGCCAGUACCCGGGGCAUUUACUGCAACGACGAAGAAUGGCAACCCAGUCUCCAUCCCAUCAUACCCCCCACUCCAGUACUCUACUACAAAGAGUAAUGCCGUAUCCUACCCUUACACUAGUCCUACCGCCGCGUAUCCCACUCAAUACGCUGGAGUAACCGACUACCCAGCGUCUUACUCCUCUCAGAACAACGCUCAAUAUCCCCAAGCGUAUUCACAGGCGUACCCUCAAACGCAAACGUAUCAGGCUUACCCACAAGGUUACACCCAAGCGUAUCAGCAGACGGUUCCCCAACCCUACGCUUACCCUAGUCAAGUAGCACUCUCUGGGUAUCAGACUUACCAACCAACUCAAUACCAAUCAUAUCCGAUUCAGUACCAAGCUUAUCAGGCUCCAGCUCAAUACACUUACUCUGCUCAGUACCCUGGCUAUCCUGCAGGAUACCCAUCAGUACAGUAUUCCUCGACACCAGUACAAUACUCCGCUGCUCCAGUACAGUACGCCGCAGCUCCAGUACAGUACUCCGCAGUCCCUGUACAGUACUCCCCCGCUCCAGCAGUUUCCCACGUGCAAUACAGCGGCUCCGAUGGCAGUUAUUCGUGGAAGAAGAAGUGAAUGCCAAAAAUGUAUUGUAUACUUAAUUUACGAGACUGUAAUAUCGAAAUAGGAUAACGAAUAAAUCUUUUUUAGAAUAUACGAAA